CGAGUAGCAUUUGAAAAGUUGUAGUAGUAGGUCGGAGCUCGGAUGCGGGUCUGGUCGGGUCCAGCCCAACCUAGCUAUCACAUUGGGAUUGGGUGAGUGGGUCGAGUCCGGCGAUUAUCACCGUGAUCUGAUGGGCGUGAAACCGAAGAAAACCCGUCGAGCGUGGAAAAGUGAGAGGAAAGUUGCGCCGGCGCAAGGGAAAUCCUUUAAAUGUGUGUUUAACCACAAAAGCGACGUGAGUUUAACCAACAUAAUCGACGGUUGGGCGCCCGGAAAAGCCACCACCCGCCUCCUCAUCGUUCUCCGAAAGAGUUGUGAUCCGUCGGCGUGACCUGUGUGACACUUUCAUUUGCCGGGUUAACGCCCCCUCGAAAUCCGGCCAGUAUCGAAACCGAAAAUUUAACGCUUGCUUAGCGCGUGAGAUCGCCAGAUGCCCGGGGCUCGGUCAUCAUCGAUGAAAACCACAUGGGCCGAACGAACGCCCCUCAUAAUGAGCGCAACGGAUCCGAGCAUCGAUCGAUUCUGGAUUCUGGAUUCUGGACAUAGUCAAAAUGGAUUUUCAAUCGCUGGCGGAUCGUGCAUGGGAAUCUGGCUGUGGACCGCUGUAUUUUGUGUGUACUUUUUUGCGGUCGCUGGCAGCCGACAGCCAACCAACCACAACAACAGCGACCACAACAACACCAAUCGAGCAACAGUUGCGGCCGCCCCAGCAACAACAACAAGGGCAUUCCGGCAUGGCCUCUGCCUCGGCCUGCGCCCCACCAACCCACCCUUCUCCUACUUUCGGCGCCUGUUGUUGCUGCUGCUGUAGUGAGAGGCGGAGCAACGCAGCACCAUGCGGAGGCAGUAGGUGCGAUAAGGAAGGCAUUAGGA